AUGCUGGGACCUCAGUUUCAGAAUCCAGUGAGUCAGCAGUUUCAGAAUGGACAGGGAAAUCAGCAGUUUCAAAAUGGGCAGUUAGGCCCUGGUUUGUCAAAUGCCCCGUUUGGGCAGCAGUUUCAGCAGCCGUUUGGCCGACAGUACGGUGAGGAGGCAGAACGUUCUCCGACUGCCCCGUUUGGGCGAAGUUUGGAGCAGGGACAUUCUAGCAAUGGCUUGGACGUCUUGAGCAAGACAGAGAAGUGGCUGCCAGGACUUCCAAAACCUGGCCAUGAAAGUUGGAAAGAUCGUGAAUCAGAGAUCGUUGGAUUUCAUGACUAUCUGGUGGAGCUACGGAGUUGGGCUUCAUUAGUUUCUCCAAAAUUUGCUGCAGAGAUCUCCGAAGCAACUGUGACACCUCAGGAAAUAGUGCUCAGUUCGCUGUCGCGAGACCAGCAGAGCAGGGCUGGACGUUUGCUUUCAAUACUCCGUGCAGCAUUCAGUGGACAUGGUCGUGCAGAGAACAUCAUCAGAGCCUUUUGUGAAGGUGUUUCGUUUGGUGCUGGAUUGAGCAGCGUUGGUUUCAAUGACAACGGGUUUGAGUUGUUACGAGUCUUGACAAGAGAGUUUACUUUGCAGAGCCGAGCUGAGGCAUUGGCCUUAAGGGCUGAAUUGCUACAGAGACAAUUUGCGCCUGCAAAGGGCGAGACUUCUCAAGGGACAAUCGUUGCUGACACAAUUAGGCGUUUGGAAACUUCGUUGGCAAAGUACAACAAGCUGGUAUCCACACUGCCGAACAUCGUUGAUCGUUCAGGUGUUGAGGUCAGCGAAGCUGAUCGUUUGGUGCUAUUGCUUCGUUCUUUGCCAUCAGCAUGUGCUGAGUUUGUGCUUCUUCACAGUAAGUUGAUUCACAGUGUUGCCCAGGCCGAAGUGUAUGACAUGGCAGUUGGUGACAGUGAAGGACAAGAACAAGGUGAAAACAUGGUGGAUUCCGUGACUGGUCGUUGCUCCAAGUGUGGAAGCAAGCGCCAUGUGGUGCAGCCAAUUCGACGCAGAAGGGCAGUGGCCAGUCUGCGAACACUGGAAAAGGUCAACAAGGCUCCAAAGGAGCGAGUGGUUCGAAAGGAAAAGGUAGCUCAGGAGAGCACUGCUGAUCAGGAGGAUUGGUGGUAUCAGGACGGUGAUGGUUACUGGUGGACAGCCACCAGCGAUUGGUCCGAAGUUGCCGCAGUAAGUGGCGAACCAGAAAAAGAGAGCUCACCUGCCGAACAAGGGGGAUAUUGGUUGUUAGACUCUGGAGCCGCCGCCACAGUGGUGUCUCAUGAGACCUAUGAACGUUUCCGGGACCAUAAGGUCUUGGUGUUUCAUGAGCGAUCGACAGGUUGCAUAGGACAUGAGUUUGUAGGAGCUGCUGAACGUUCCGUCCGCACCUGCAAAGAGGGAAUCUCAGUGAUCAGGUCAGAAUUGGCCGACCAGAAUUUGGGUUUGAAUUUGAACACUCAGUAUGAAACCUUUUUGAAAGACCAGGCUUUAAGUGUAGGAGGUGAUUCUGUUCCUGCACCCAUUGAGCCGGCUGAACCUUUUCCACCUGACUUCUUUAAUGAGCCAGCUCAUCCACCCGUGAAAGAUGGAGUCACGCCUAAGUCUGGACCUUCAGUUUAUUUUGAUGAUGAUGUCAAGUCAUUGUCAUAUGAGCCAUCAAUUGCUGAAGAGAAUGUGGAACCAGACCCAGACUUGGAUGAACAAGUUCGCCAUGACAAACGUUUGAGUUUAGAAGACUAUGGAGAUGUUUCUGAAAGGCCUGUCAAACGGAGAAUGUAUGGGAAGAGCUCAGAUCCUGAAGGAGCUUUCCCACCACCUUCCAAGGGGACUCCUCGUGGUCCGGGCCUUAAAAGACCAUCUGAGAUGAACUUGAAAGAACUGGAGGAUGAAUUGAAGAGAGAUGACAUAGAUGCCAUCCAUGCUGAAUCACAACAUUGGGUUUCUCCUUUCAUGAAUCUUGCAGCCGUUGUGUCACCACCACCAAGCAUGUCACACAUGUUUGAAACUGAACCAGUGGCCAGCGUUCGUUUUGAUUCGCAAGGGCCCAUACCUGAGUCGUUUGUAGUCAACAUGGGUGGGAUGCCAAUCAAAAUUUGGUGUCCUACGGAUGCGAUAGACGACACGACUGGAGAGAUUUUGGAUGGAAAGAAGUGUCAUUUGGGAAUGAAGAAAGAGAUUGAAGGCUUAGAGGAAUGCCAGGCAGGUGAUUGUUACACAGUCUCAGAAUUCGAAAAGUUGAAGGAAAGAACGGACCACCCGAUCAGGCUCAUCAGCACGCGUUGGGUCACCAAUGCAAAGGGAGACGAAGUUCGCUCCCGCAUGGUAGUGAAAGAUGUGAAAAACAGAGACUCGGCCAGGUCUUUGGGAAUUUCAUCUCCUACUUUGGGGGCGGAUGCUUUCCAAUUGUUUCUCACCAUUUGUUCAGCUUGGAACUUCUUGGUUUACACUUUGGACAUUAGUCAUGCUUUCAUGUACACACCUCUCCGAUGCCGCAAUGUCGCUGUUAAACUGCCUAUGUCAUGUUCAACAGAAGCUGGAGAACCUGUCAUCUUGCAUUGUGCCAAUGCAUUGAAUGGACUUCGAUCAGCGAGUUUGGAGUGGCUUUUGUUUUUACAGCAACAGUUGAGUGGGAUUGGUUUGCAUACCGAUGGAGCUGAACCUUGUUUUAUGGCCGGUAUCCUUCCAUCGGGUCGCAUGGCUAUGGUGAUUGUCUAUGUGGACGACCUUGCAAUUGCCUGUGAACAUGAAGAUGACUUCAAGCUCAUCAUGAGCUGUCUGCAGAAGAAACUGAAAGUUAAGCACACAGGGACGAUUGAGCGUGAAGGUGGGCAAGUGACCUUUCUUGGUCGUGAAAUUGUCAGGCUUCCUGGUGAAUCCGCACUUUACGUGCAUCUUCCUGAUGGAUACCUGGACAAGACCUUUGAGAUGUGGGGCCUUAAGGCUUCUUCUUCUGGAAAGAAGACCCCAUGUCCCAAUGUGUUAAUGAUUCUCGACCAGGAAUCAGCUGGGUCACCACCCCUUUCCGGGGAGGCAUAUACAAAAUUCAGGUCGACAUUAGGCAAGAUCGCCUGGAUGAGUCAGACGCGGCAAGACCUCAAACAUUUUGCGGCUUUGCUUGGAACUGUCCAAGCCUCUCCGACGCAAGCCAGUGAAAAGGCAUUGCGUGCGCUAUUGCGCUUCCUGGUGACAGAUGAUAAUGUUUCCCUUCGUUUGCCGUCUGAGCAUGGUCUGGGAAGUGAGGACUUCUGUGAAGUGGUGGCCUAUACGGAUGCAUCACAUGCACCAUCGACCAGAAAUCGCCGAGGUGUCAGUGGAGGUGUUCUGACUUAUUUGGAAGGAGUUGUCAAAACUUACUCCAGACAUCAGACUUCAAUCAGCUUGAGUAGUUGUGAAAGUGAACUACAAGCGAUACAGAUGGUGGUUCAAGAAGCUGUCGUUCUUUCCAGGUUGGUCACUAGGAUCAUGCGAGCACUUGGUUUUCUGAAAGAAGGUGAAUUCGCUGUAGCUCGAAUUUAUUCGGACAGUGAGAGUGCUUUGAAGCUUUUGAAGGCCUUGGAUCUUCCUCGCAGAUCCAGACACAUAGAUAUAAAGAUUGAAUGGCUCAGGGAGCUGGCUGGAAAUGGCUUCAUAUCCUUACAUCAUCUUCGAGGAGACCUUUUAGUAGCUGAUUUGUUGACAAAGUGCUUGCAGACUAGCCGGUAUCUGGAACUGAGACAAGUCAUGGGCUUUGUUGAGAAGCCCCUAUCAACAGCUCUUCUCUCCCUUAUGCGUCCAAAGACCAAGUUUGUUGGAAGUGGCUUUGCUCUUUUAGAAGUAUGCUGCGAUGAAAAUUCUCAACUUCGUGCAGUUUGCCAAGCUUGGGGAAUUCCUUAUCGUGGGAUCACCUAUGGAGUGGAAAUGAGAUCUGUUUAUGAAAGAACCCGUGAUUGGGUCGCGACCUUGAAGGUGGGUCUGCACGUGCAUCUUUCAACAUUGUGCUCCAGUGGAUCACCUUUGAGGAGGUUUGUGACUCCAGGACAAGCCUCAGAACUUGAUGCAACUUGGGAUGAACACAUCGCAGGUGCCGUUGCCUUUAUGAAGUUUGGAGAAAGUACGAGCUUUGAGCUCCCACUGUUUAACAAUAUCUGGAAACGUUGGUAUGUCCAACAGACUCUCCAACGAUUUGGGCAUGUGCACCAUGCCGUUGUCCAUUUGUGUCAGACUGGUUUGCAGGGUUCGGACGAGAGCUUCAUAGGAAAAAGACUCAAGUUUAGCACCAAUUUGCAGAAGCUGGGAGAUCAUUUGAGGGACAAAUUUGGAACAUGCCGAUGCAAAGGGGAUCAUUCCAAUUUCAACUAUAUCACAUGGCGCAAGACAGCGCUCUACAACAGGUGCCUGGCUGAACAGUUUGUUCUUGGAUUGCAGUUGCAUUAUGGAAAAUCCAACAAGAGUGGAACCUAG